CCUGGUGCCGUUCAGGAUCUCUACGUCACGCAGUGGGGUGAUUCGGUGGAUGCCAGCUGGUCAGAACCGUUGUACGCGCCCGGGAGAGUCACCAGCUACCGAUGUGUACUCUACUCUGGCAGUUUACCCACGCAGUGGAAAACGGUCAAGGCAAAAUCCGUUCGGUUCUACGGGUUGGAUGCGAACAGGCUCUACCGUGUGGGCGUCUCGGCUACGAUUAGCCCGCUCAGCCCGAACCUUGGCGGUGGCACUGGCCCGGAGACUUUAAGCGAUUUUGAUGAAGAUUCAACGAAACCAGUUCCUUCCGCACCUCAGAAUGUCAAAGCAACACUGAUCAAACCUACUGAAGUCAAGGUUGUCUGGACAGAGCCAAAAUACAAAGGAUCAGGCGUGGCCGGUUAUCAGAUCACCGUUCGAUGGGGUGGCGAUGUAGUCAAGGACGCGAAAGUUGUAGUGAAAGGCACUUCCUGCAUCGCCCGCAACCUGCCUGAGUUCGCCGAACUUGUAUUCGCGGUCACCGCAACGUCAGCUAAAGGAACCGGAGAGGCUGGCCUCAGCAACUCUGUCUAUACUCAAGCAACAGGUAAGUAG